CCAAUAUGCAGUACGCACACACAUCAUUUUGAUCUGAAGACGCAAAGGCACAGAGAGGUUUUCUCGUGGAUACAUCACAUAGUGAGGGGAGAUGAUCCAGAGGUGAAGCAAGGGAAGCCUGCUCCUGACGGUUUUCUUGCUGCUGCUAGGAGAUUUGAGGAUGGUCCUGUAGAUCCACGUAAGGCUCUGGUGUUUGAAGAUGCUCCUUCCGGUGUCAUGGCAGCUAAAAACGCUGGAAUGAAUGUGAUAAUGGUACCGGAUCCGAGAUUGGACAAGUCCUACUGUGACGUUGCGGAUCAGGUUCUAGCCUCUCUGCUUGAUUUCAAACCAGAGGAAUGGGGCUUACCUCCUUUUGAGGAUUCAGAAAACUAAGACCACAAAAGCUUCAGGGUAAACAUUAUCCUCAAGCUAUAAGAUACUUGACUGGUUUGCUUUGAUUCUUUUAUGAUUGAAUCCCAGAAAGUUCAUGGCUGUAUGGGAAACAAUGUUCAAGCCCUUAGCUGACAAUAAAAUGAUUUGAUUCGUAUGA